AAGGCGCUUGCUCCCUCUGUCCUUAAACUGUUGACUACGGGCUGCUCGGAAUUUACGGCGAGGGCUGCGAGGGCUGCCGCAUCUUCUCAGGCUCGCGGCCACGGCGCGGCGCGGCGAAGACGCGGGACCACAGCCAACGAGCGAGUCUCGAGGUUAGAAAACACUGCAUCCUUGAGGGAUGGGUUCCCGGAGUACUCGUCCCAGCAUCGCGCACAGCAUACGUUGAGCACUGCUGGCGAGGUUCGUCCGCCGCAUCAAGAUCAUUUGCGUCUUGCGCGACACAUAAAGAAUGAUAAAUAGCUCAAGACACCGCCAGAUUCAGAUUCUCAAUGUAGGCCGUCACAGGGUAGAGUUCGAGUUUGAUUCCGCAGAUCGUCGUGAUUAAACCACGCUUGUGCCUGCGAUUCGAGCGCACACUAUCACUGCAGACAUGGACGAGCUGUUGGCGCGUGCCUGCCUCGGUAGCGAUAUUCUUAAACCUCGAAGAAGGUUGAAAACAUACCGCGUACCUGGGAACCGUGUUCACAAUCGGAUAUCCCAACACGGACCAAUUGACUCACUGAACUGGUACCGCACACACCUACCGUGGCUACUUCUGUGCCAGUUUGUCAGCCCUAGACGCCGCGAUCUCGCGCUUGCCGAUGCGCCCUCGUUGCGAACCACAGCCGUCGGCCCAUACCGUUCUUCGCCGGCCUUCCGACUCACACCAGAUCGCCCUGGACUUCUGGUUCCGUUGAAGAUUCACGCACUGGUUCCCGUACGAUGAAUUCGGGCACAAGCAUAUGUAUACCGGUCAAUUCAAUCCUGUGUUGCCCUGCCCAUGGCGGAAUGGCGUCCGUCCUACUGGUCGCGUUUACCAGCUCGUCCCCCUGUCAGCACUCCCACUCGCGAUGCCACGCCGACCUCGUCCCUCAAUAUAAGCCAAAACCCUCCAUGAGCAUGCGCACCCUGCUUUGUUCCUGGACACGUCUCUCGAUAGCACGAUGAUCAACACUCCGACCGUAUGGCUUGUCUCUGGUUCUAAUCGCGGAAUAGGCCUCGGAAUCGUCGCACUGCUCGCGGCCAGACCGAACACGGUCGUGUUCGCUGGCGCGCGCAAUCCGUCCGCAGCCACGGAUCUGCAGGCCCUCGCGGCUAAGCACCCCGGGAAGCUGCACAUCGUCAAGCUCGUUUCGAGCGAUAGACAGGGAAACGAUGAGGCGGUGGCCGAGAUCAGACGAGUGGCGGGCAGGCUUGACGUCGUGGUCGCCAACGCUGGCAUAUGUUCGGCGGUGAACCGGGUUCUGGACGAGUCGCCGGAUGCUGUGAGGGAGCACAUGGAGGUGAACGUUGUCGGAACGCUCGUAUUGUUCCAGGCGACGUACUCCCUCCUGGUGGCAAGCACGCCCUCGCCCAAGUUCAUCAUCAUCUCCUCCAUCGGCGCCAGCAUGGUGCUAUCUACUCCGCGCUCGCACAAGCUAUUCGCAUACUGUGCGAGCAAGGCCGCCGAGAACUGGAUGGCUCGCAAGAUGCACUUUGAGCACGAGAGCGACGGCCUCAUCGUGUUCCCUAUGCAUCCAGGUGCAGUGGCGACUGACAUGACGGACGCAAUGCGGGCUCAGGACGAAGAGAUGAGGGGGUACGAGUAUUUGACUCCCGAGGAGAUCGCCAACCACAUCGUCGCCCGGAUCGACGGUGCAACGCGCGAAAACGCUGGUGGACAGUUCGUGAACUAUGACGGAUCGCGAUUGGAAUGGUGAUGAUGGACACGCAACGCCAAAGAUGUGAGGAGUUCACGCACCAGCCAUCCUUUCGCAGUUGACUGGGAAAUGAGUUUCAGCAUGUACAACCUAUUAAAGGUGUCUGAAC